AUGUUUAUCACCGAUGAGGCAUUCUAUUCUCCUUUGACAGAAGACCCCACACAGGAAUACCAGCAACAAGCCCUACAAUGUGUGAAGAAUCUCAAAACUGUUAGUGACUCUAGUACGCUGGUGCCUAAUAACCCUAGGGUGAGUAAAUUUUACCUGUUACCCAAGAUUCACAAAUUACCUCAAAUGGUCAAGAAUAUCUGUGGAAGCGACGAGUCUGAUGUACAAAAGAUAGCAGAGAAAUGUAGGGAGACUAAGAUCAUUCCCCCUGGUAGACCCAUUGUCUCAAGCGUUGAUUCUCUAACAGAGCCUAUGUCUAAGUGUGUCGACGAAAAACUUCAGGCAUUUCUACCUAACAUUAAAAGCUAUGUGAAAGACACGACAGAUUUUUUGAACAAGAUCAAGUCUGCUCCCCUUACAUCAGACUCCAUACUCGUAACCAUGGAUGUUAAGAGCCUCUAUACCAACAUCCCCCACGACCAAGGUGUAGAAGCCCUUCGUAUAUUUCUACAAAAACAGGGUACUCCCGAUCAGGAAAUUGAGGACUUGUCCUCCAUGGUGGAUUUCAUUCUGAAACACAACUACUUUGAGUUCAAUGAGAAGUAUUACCUUCAAUGCAAAGGUACAGCAAUGGGGACAAAGAUGGCACCAGCGUACGCUAACUUGUACAUGGCUGUCCUUGAAGAGGAUUUUCUCUCCAAAUGUAGUCUCAAACCGUCAUUGUACAUCAGAUACAUCGACGACAUCUUUUUGAUUUGGCCCCAUACUGAGGACGAUCUGGCAUCGUUCCACAAUGCUUUCAAUGCCCACAACCCUAACAUUCAAUUUACCAUUGAGAACUCAAGAGAGAAAAUCCACUUCCUGGAUGUCAAUGUUUCUAAGAAUGGUGAUUCGUUAAGUACUAGUGUAUACAUCAAACCAACCGAUUCCUUCUCCUAUCUUGAGUAUAAUUCAUUCCAUCCAUCCCACACGAAGAAAUCGAUUGUGUACAGUCAACUGCUAAGGUACAAACGUAUCACAUCAGACCCCAAAGUGUUUGAGGCGGACGCUGCGAACCUCGGUGAACUUUUCAUCAGACGAGGCUACCCACCUAGACUUGUCCACCAUGCCCUUACCCAGAUUAGAAAAAAAUCAAGAGAGGAUCUCCUAUCUGCAGAACCAAAACAAGGGAAUAACGAAAGGAUCCCUCUUGUUACUACAUACCAUCCCCAGGCCAAAAGGUUUGCCAAAACCACAAAGAGGGAAUGGUCUGCGAAUAUCAACCUUGACCCUAAACUCUCUACCGCUAUGGGCGAUCCUCCCCUUCACUCACAACGCCAGCCUCCUAGCAUUAGAAAGCUACUAGUAAGGAGCGAACUGCCAAAACCUUCGCCCCCAAAAGGCAACAAAAGAUGUGGCAAGCCACGAUGCCAAGUGUGCACUUACUUAACCACCGAUAGCACAGUAAAAAUUUCUCAGUCCCUUACUGUCCACCCCCCUAACCACACAUGUGACGCACAGAAUGUCUUGUAUUGCAUAAUGUGUACCAAAUGCCCGGGGGUCACUUACAUUGGUGAAACCAGCACCAAAUUUCGCACCAGAUUCAAUAACCACAAAAGCUCCAUCACCAAAAACAAAAAGGACUUUCCAGUGGCCGACCACUUCAACCUCCCUAAUCACUCUGUCAAAGAUAUCAAAGUCUGCAUCUUCGGCGGAGGAUACAGAUCGGCAGAGGAACGGAAAUGGGCUGAGCUGAGACAUAUCGUCAAAAGCCGCACGUUUGAAAGUGGCCUGAACAAAGAUCUGUCUUGGCUCAACGCAUUCACAUUCUAUAGAUAA